UAUAUUAAAAAUGCUUAUCAGAAUGAAAAAUAAUUUCAUUCCUACAAAACCAUUCGUGUGUUGGCAAUCCUACCCGUUAGAUUGAUGAAAUUGAUAUAUCCUUGAUUUUAAUACGACAGAAGACAAGCAAUACUGCGAUGAAUAUCAUUUUUUUUACAAAUUCAGUUAUUUUUGACAUCAUUACUAGAUUCAUCGCGAUCGCUUGCAGAAGCUAUCAAAUACAAGAAUAGUGAAAAUAAGGACGUGAACUGAAAUGGCAUGCAACCCAUUUGCGUUUAUAUUUUGGGGACUUGUUCUGAUUCUGGUAUCAUUUUGGGUCGCGGGCUUUUGCGCGAUGUGGUACAUUUGGAUUUACUGCUGCAGCGCAUGGAUCUCUGCAUGUGGCGAGUUUGCUGACAUAUUACUGCAGGGUGUCCAGUUUCCUUAUUACUGCGCCAGUAAAAUGUGUUGAGCAACGGUAGUUUGUAGUACCUGUAGUGUGAGGAGUUCAUUGAAUGAUAUCAGGCUGUAACAACUCAAUCAAACUCAAUAAUAAUUUCGAAUAUACUGUUCGUUCUUUGAUUAAACAA